GCAAGUGUGCCACAAAGUUGUAUCGUGUGCAGCCACAAAACUAUACAUGUUCGGAGAUGCAGACAACCAGGUGUGUCGGUCUCGCCUUCCUCCCCGCCAAGGGGAGCCACCACCACAAAGCAGCAGGUGCCUCCGCCGCUGCGCCGCCGGUACUGAUCGGCGGCAGCGUCAAACUGGUCCUGCUGUCUCGGCAGCUCGUGUGUUUUUCCUGGAGCCGGCACCGUGUUCGGACUUGGGCCAGCGCUGCCGCCGCCAGUAGUGCUACUACCCCACGUCAAGAGCUUCUGGAGGAGGAAGAGGGAAAUCAAAUUAUUAGCAGAAAUGUCUCAAAUUUUGAACCAUCCGUAUGGGGAGAUUUCUUCCUCACCUACUCCAGUCCUUUGGCUUCCUCCACCCAACAGCUGACAAGGAUGAUAGAACGAGCGAAUCAUCUAACGAGAAAUGUGUCUAAGAUAAUAUCAGCUUCAAGUAAUUGUAGCUUGUAUGAAAGGAUGCAACUCAUUAAUGUUUUGGAACGUCUCUGCUUGGAUCAUCUUUUCAAAGAGGAGCUUAAUGUCAUAUUGUCUGAGAUUUACAAAACUAAUGAUAUUAGUGGGAGUGAUCUUCAAACGACAGCUUUGUGGUUCUAUCUACUUCGUAAACAUGGAUAUCAAGUUUCUCCAGCAAUACAACCUUCAAAAUUGGUAACAAGUCAAAAAUUAAGAUAUAAUGUUAUCACUCUCCUUCAUGCUUCAGAUGUCUUUGCAAAGUUCAAAGAUGAACAAGGGAAUUUUGCAGCAAACAAUCCAUUGGAUGUACUGAGCCUUUACAAUGCUGCAUAUCUAAGGACUAAUGGAGAGAUAAUUCUUGAUGAGGCUGUUUCAUUCACCAAAAGGAGUUUAGAAUCAUUAUUAACCAACCUGCAAGGGCCAUUGGCCCAUGAAGUGAAGUGUGCACUUGAGAUACCUUUGCCUAGAAGGGUAAGAAUCUAUGAAGCCAAGUACUACAUAGCUGUCCAUGGACAAGCCAAUGAAGUGAUAAUGGAACUCGCGAAGUUGAACUCUAAUAUCAUACAACUCCAAUAUCAGCAAGAGCUUAGAAUCAUUACAAGGUGGUGGAAGAACCUGGAGCUUGAAUCAAGGUUAUCAUUUGCUCGUGAUAGAGUUGUGGAAUGCUAUUUUUGGAUAGUAGGGGUAUAUUAUGAACCAAGUUACUCACGAGGACGAAUAAUAUUGACAAAAGUGCUUGCCAUAGUUUCCAUUUUGGAUGACACUUAUGAUGUCUAUGGAACUUUACAAGAGUGUGAGUUAUUUACAAGUUGUGUAGAAAGCUGGGACCCUAUGGUUGCUAAUGGUCUCCCAGAGAACAUGAAGUUCAUUUUUGGGAAAAUUAUGGAUACCUAUCAAAGCAUUGAGGAUGAGCUAUCGCCCGAGGAGAAGUACCGCAUGCCCUACCUAAAAAACUUUAUUAUAGAUCUAGUUAGAGCUUACAAUAAGGAGGUCAAAUGGCGUGAAGAAGGGUAUGUGUCGGCAACAGUUGAGGAACACUUGCAGGUUUCAGCAAGAAGCGGUGCUUGUCACUUAUUGUCAUGUGCAUCGUUUGUUGGAAUGACAGAUAUAGCCACAAAAGAAGCUUUUGAUUGGGUAUCUAAUGUACCUAAAUUGGUGAAGACACUUUGCAUUAUUUUGAGACUUUCUGAUGAUUUGAAAUCAUAUGAGCGAGAGAAAAUGACUUGUCAUGUUGCUUCGACAAUCGAGAGCUGCAUGAAAGAGCAUAAAGUACCAAUUCAUGUGGCACGUGAGAUUAUACAAGACAUGAUAGAGGAAACAUGGAAAGAUUUUAACAAGGAAUGGUUCAACACUAACAAUCACGUGCCGAAGGAGUUACUUGAGAGAAUAUUCAACCUUACAAGAACAAUGGAGUUUAUGUACAAGCAAGAUGACGCUUACACAAACAGCCAUGUCAUCAAGGAUACCAUAAGCAAAUUGUUUGUAGAGCAUGUUCUGAUGAUCUAGUCUUGAUGUAUAUUUACAAAUAUAAUAUUAAUUAAAUAGGUUCAUUGUUUAUCUAAA